AUGGUUGGAAGGGGCUUCCUGGGUUGUUUCAUCCUGUUUCUGUCUCUGGCCUCAGUGUGCGCUAUCAAAGGAACAGUUAAUUUAAUAAAGGAUAUCGGGGACAUAGAGUUUGGUCACACCUCUCCUCGACAUGGCCUGAUGCUGCUACACUGGCUAGCCAACAAGAUGAACAUUGACGACAACGGCAACAUGAGAUUGAAUUUCGAUCCAACCUGUAGAGAUUUAAGGCAUUAAUUUCUAUGGAAACGCUGAUAAUCCCCGUCUGUUACCUUUUCUGCCCCGUCAAAGCGGAAGUUACUGCUCACUAGGGAAUCUUGGUCACAAUAACAACUACAAUCACGCUAAGGCACUUCCUAAGUAUGUCACUCGAAGGUUCUACAACCCAUCUGUGUGA